AUGACAGCGCCCACUCCCAGCGCGUUCUCAGGGGUUACUCGGGCUUGGCUCCCGAGACACGGUGCACCCAGGCCAUCAGCUCUCUGCCUUCAACAUAACAGCACGAAUGAGAGUAGAGACGGGAAUGAUUUCGCACGGCCAGCACAGGAAGGGCCCGGGUCCGGCGGCCGCAGGGUCCCCGCUCCGCCGCCCUUCUCGGGGCAGGGGCGCCAGCAGCGGGCCCAGCGAGCGCGGCGGCGGGCCGCAGGGCACCCGCUCCUCCACGCCGCGGACAGGGGCGAGGGCGGCCAGCCUGCCGCCGGGAGGGGAGCCGGCGUCAUCCCCGACACUCCGGGCGCCAAACUGGAGGUAAGGGGCGGCUCCCGUCCCCGCUGCGCUGAAACCACCCCCGUUUGCCCCAAGCAGUUGCCCCGAGCCCGAGACUUGCCCCCCCCGCGGUCGGCGACCGGCAGCGCUGCCUCCCCGUCCGCCAUUAGAGACCCAGCCAAACAAUACGUGAGAAGGAGAGCCGCGCAGCGCAGCGCCGGGCAGGGGAGCAGCGACGGGGGGCCCGCGGGCGCCAGGCAGCACCCUCGCCCCGAAAAACUUGGGGCCCUCGGGCCGCGGCGGACGGGCGGGAGCGCAGCCCGGCAGCGGGAGGGCGAACUGAGGCACCCCUCCCCCACCCUGCCCCCGCCGCGAAGAAAGGAAAAAUGCCCCGCGACCUCCCGCCGCCCCGGCCCCGCGGCCCCCGCCCCGGCGACCCCCGCCCCCGGCGCCGCCUCACCCAGCCCGCCCGGCCUCGCCCUCGCUCCCGCAGCCCUUCGGGCCGCACGCGAAGGCGCCUCUGACAUGAGCGGAGCCCGGCGCAGCCCCCGAGGCCCCGACGCGGCAGCGGCGACGGCAGCGCGCCGCGGGGGAUUAAUCCCGGUCGCCCCCGCCUCCGCCUCCUCCUCCGGAGGCUGCGCUGCGCCCAGCCACCCCCACUAUCGGCGGACCCGGACUGGAAAGACAGCGGGGCUAAGCCUCACCCGGUUCUGGCUGCGGCUCCGCGGAACGAACCUCCCCUCCCCCGGCCCACCCCCCUUCGGCAACACGCACAACUCCGCUCGGUCCAGUCCCGGGUUUAGCGCUGGUGAGGAGGAGGAGGCGGAGGCGGCGGCGGCGCGGCCGAGCCCGGCGAGGCCCCGUCCUCCGCGCCCCCAUUGGCUGGAGGGGAGGGCGGGACGGGGCGCCUCGGGCGCGUCCAUUGGCUAUCUCUGCCCUCCUUCAGGACCCCCCUGGAGGGGGUGGUCCGAGAGGCUGUCCGUCAGGCGCAGGCCACGCCCCCGGCGUUUCCAUUCCACUCCCCCCGCCGCCAGCCCUCCGCUCUCAGCCGCGUCCGCUCCCUCCUUACCCCCGCCUCCUACCCCGCCCCCACCCCGGGUCCGUCAGGGUCAGGCAGCCCGAGCUGCGCUGCCCGUUGCACCGGCCGCGAGCUCGGCCCCUGGGGGACGGGGGACCCUCCGGGGCCCGGAACAGCCCGAGAGGCUGAGGCCGGGGCCGCCUGCCCUCGCUCGAGCCUGGGCGCCCGGGCCGCUGCGGCGGCUCCCAACGACCCUGCCCGAGGAGAGACGCGGCCUCGAUGUCCCCAACGCCCUCCCUGGCCAGUUCCUUGAAGCCCCCCGUGAGGGCCGAGCCCGGGCAGGGGCUGGAGCCAGGCAAAGUGGGAGGUUGGGUCAGCAGGUGAAGUGGAUUCCCGAACGCCCAGAGGAGAGUGGAAGCGCUUCCACCCUCGCCUCACCCCCGUGGGGAAUUGUCCCCCCACCUCCCGUCAUGGCUGCUGGAGGAGACGACGUCCUCCAUUUUGUCGGGACUGCUGUGGGAACUUGGGACCAGUUCAAACGCAAACCCCGUGGGGCUGGGAAACUUGUCCCCGGGAAGCCCCAACUGGACUCCGCCAUUCGGCCCGAGGGGACAGCCCCUGCCUCCAGCGUCUGCAUCCGAGGGGCCCUGGGGCACGGCACAGGCGCGACGGCGGGGAGACCCGGACGCCGCUGCCCGCCUCCAUCAACCAAGAUGGAGGAAGCUGCGGGCGCCCCUGGAGCUGGGCUCCCGCCUGUUGGAAGGCCGGAGCCUCCCCUCGGUGUGUCCCUCGGCGCUGCCGUCCUCCUGCUCCGCAGCCUCUCUCGCUCGCCCUCCCUCAGCCUCCACCCAGCCUCUCCACCGCCUUCCACCCUCUCCUGGUCCUCAACGAUUGAUGGAGGCUCCACUGCACGGCGCGCCCAGUCGCUUCGCCCGCCCGGGGCCGGCCCCGCCGGGGGAGCGGGGCGGAGAGGCUGCCAGCUGCCGCGCGCCCCGGGGCGGCCGUGCGCGGAGAGGCCACAGCCACCGCGGGGCUUCUCUUUUGUUCCUCGUCUACACCUCCGUCUUGGGCGCACGUCAUGGUGCUGUGCAAUUUCCAAGAUUCCACGUAAAGAUGAAAGGGAGGCCUCUUCCGUCUCACCCUAG